UGGUAUAUAAACGGAGCGCAGGCCAGGGCCAUGGACAAUCUGCUGCUGGUGACUGCUUGGCGGACAACAAACCGACAACUAGCGUUUAAAUCAGCAACUUCUUGAGUUAUAAAGGCUGUAUAUUAUUUCUCCCUCUGUCAGAUCGAAUACCAAAAACCAGCGGCGAUGAACAGCCAUUUUACCGGGACCGGGAAGCAGCUGGUGACAGAUUUCUACUAUAAUAACGGUUUCAGUGAGCUGAGCCUCGAGACCAAGAAGACCACGGUACAACAGCGGAAACAGCAUGAGGCGUCCGGUAAAGAUGCUGAGGAUGAGUCCCGGUUACCGGCACUCGAAGCAGCGUACAGCAGCAUCUUGCGGGGGCUCGGUGAGGACACGGACCGGCAGGGGCUCCUGAGGACGCCUCUAAGAGCCGCCAAGGCAAUGCAGUUCCUUACCAAGGGAUACCACGAGGACGUGUACGACAUCCUGAAUGAUGCCAUAUUUGACGAGGACCAUGACGAGAUAGUGAUAGUAAAAGACAUUGAAAUGUUCUCUCUUUGUGAACACCACCUUGUACCCUUUUUUGGCAGGGUACAUAUCGGAUACCUGCCAAAUAAGAAGGUGGUCGGGCUUAGCAAGCUGGCUAGGAUUGUUGAGAUGUACAGUCGGAGGCUCCAAGGUAAGAAUGGCAGAGGGCUUACUCAAAUAUACAUACACAUCCAGGAGCGUCUGACCAAGCAGAUUGCCAUGGCGAUAUCAGAAGCUCUACAGCCAGCCGGUGUGGCUGUGGUUAUAGAGGCAGCGCACAUGUGUAUGGUGAUGCGUGGGGUUCAGAAGAUGAACAGUCGAACGGUGACCAGCUGCAUGUUGGGGGUGUUCAGAGAAGAUCCAAAGACUCGAGAAGAGUUCCUACGACUCACCAAGACUGCUUAGCAACCACCUCGGACCCCUGACCUCUAACCCCUGCCCUGACCCUGUAAAGCACAUGUUCUAGGGUAGAGUUCCUAAGACUACU